UGUCUGCAUGACGUUCCUACAGAUUAUUAACAAUUUUAUUGCAUUAACCGUAUACGGUAUACUCUUGUUUUCAUUAUUAAAAAUUUUUUAAAUUGUUAUACAAUGAGUGAUUGUGAUUCUCCAACCCAAGUAGAUCAAGUUGAUCAGGUUGCAGAUUCAGAAGAACCUAUUUUACCUUGGCCAAAUUAUCAAAAAUAUUUUAAAGUUUUAAGAGUUAUUGAGGAUAAUUUUUUUUAUAAGAAGCUGGAAGUGAAGUGCUUAAGUUGUGUCGGUACGAAGUGUUACAAGGUGGAUUCACGUUCAAACUCAAAUAUAAGAAAACAUUUAAGCAAACAACAUCCAACUAUAUUAAAGAAAAUAGAUCACAUUGAUAAUGCUGCGAAUAAAAACACUACAAAGAGAUGCAAUGAUGGAUCAUUGAAGCAUAACGCUGGUAGUUCUUUACAACAAUCGGAUAAAAAUAACCAAUUAAAACAACCAGUUUUAGAAGAUUUUUUGAACAACAAAAAAUUAACUAGUCAAAGUACUUUAGAUCAACUAUUGCAAAAAUUUAUUGUAAGUGCUAAUGUACCCUUCAGAAUAAUAGAAAAUCCUGUUUUGAAAGAAAUAAUUCGUAGAGGUUUCCCAAACAAAAAAAUUAUGUCUCGACCUACACUAAUGAAAACAAUUGAAAAUGAUUUUCAAGAAUUAUCAUUAAAAAUGAAAUUUGAGAUGUCCAAAUGUGCCCAUAUUGCUACGACUGCGGACGGCUGGUCGAUUUUUAAAAAAUCAUACAUUGGGAUAACGGUCACGUGGAUUAAUGAGGAUUUAUCGAGAAGUACUCGUCUUUUAGCAUUGAGACGACUAGAAGGUUCACACACAUAUGAUAUUUUAGCCAAAGCUAUGGAUGCAGUUUAUACCGAGUUCGAAAUUUCAGAUAAAUUAUCCUACUGUACUACGGACAAUGGCUCAAAUUUUGUAAAAUGUUUCAAAACAUUUGGUCAUAUAUUUGAUGAUGAAAAUACUGAUACAUUGCUAGUGAACGAUGCGUUUGAUGAUGAUUUAGAAGAAAUUGAUGCAAUCGACUUGAACAUUCUAAAUGAUAAAGAUGACCAUGAUUUGCAAUAUGUAUUACCAAAACACCAUCGAUGUUGUGCACACACAAUAAAUUUAAUAGCAACAAUGGACUCUAAAAAAGCUUUGUCUAAUCCUGCAUACAAAAAACAGUCAAGAAGCACUUUCGCUAAGUCUACCGCUUUAUGGAACAAACAAGGUCGCUCAACUAAGUCAGCUGAUUUAGUUAAACAAAAUCUUGGCGUUUAUUUAAUUACACCAAACGAGACUCGUUGGAAUUCACUGUAUGACGCAGUGGUGUUGCUUAAUAAAUUAAUUAGAAAUAAUGAGACUAAGUUCAGAAUAAUAAUGGACGAAUUGUCUAUUGGCAGAUUUAAUAGAAGCGAUAUUGAUUUCAUGUGUCAAUAUCAAAAAAAUAUGGGGCCAAUUUCAAUAAGCUUGGAUUUACUCCAGGGUGAUACUAACAUGUAUUUUGGUCAUCUCCUACCUACAAUUGAAGAAUUAAUUUAUAAAUAUGAAUUAAUGACAAAUGAUGUAACAGUUUCUAAUUAUAUGAAACCUUUGGUGAAUGCCAUACUUAAUGGUAUGUAA